AUGCGUAUUAGGGCGACUCUGGCGACCCUUCUGGGCGUCAGUUGGCUAGCCUCGGCCGCCGUCGUCCCGCGUCUAGACAUUAGUUCCGAGUCUAUUUGUUCGAGCACAGAGGUGCACCAAGAGACCACGGCCCCAGCGGAGACGGGCUGCUCAUCUGCAGCUCGUGAAAAUGGAACCACGACAACGCCCACCAACACGGCUCUCGCAAGUGGGCAGGUCACGCCCUCUGUGACAAGGCUUCCGCCCAUUCCCAAGGCUGUCACGGUUACAAUCGCAUCCAACGAUCCUUCUUCGGCCUUCGUCACAGCCAGUGUCCCCGCUGACUCCAUUUCUGCGAACCCCUCGUCCCUCAGCUGGGUCGGCGGAACUUCUGCAACCGCCACGCCCUCUCUCGAAUUCGAUUCAACGGUGACGGUGACGGUACCAAAGCCCGUCCGCAGUGAAGCUACCUCGCUCUUGACUGUGACAUACCCCGAUGGCCCUGGCCACACUGCGACAUUACUGGUCACUGUCACGAUUCCCGAUUUUUCUCUGGGUACCAGCACUGUCAUCGUACCGGCGGCUACCCCAACUUCGGCCAGUCAAGAUGUGACCGUUACCAUCUAUGUGUCGUCAACUCUAUCCAACGAGGGCUUGUCGGCAUGGUCUUUUCCUUCGAACGAACUGCCCAGCAACACACUCGAUUCUGAACCCACUACGACCGUGACGGUCUAUUACACCCCUACCGGCCGAGCAACCGACCCGGCUUCUCAGGCUCCUUACGAGCUCACGUACACCAUUUCUCCUGGCUCAUUUCUUCCAACGCCUUUCACUGGAACAAUCACGAUCACACCUUCGUCCCCAGUGUUAAGCAGCGCCACAGCAGCCCAAGCCGAGUUGGAUUCCGGACAGCAGAGUACCACGAUCAGCCCUCCAGUCCCGCUCGCCGUUGUCUCCACGGCAGGUGAACUUGAUGUGUCGAGUUCCUCGGUCACUUUGGCCUCAACCGCCGUCACCAUGACCUACACCGCCUUCAUCUCGGGCAGUACCACCGUUACCACUGUCACAGAAUACCCGUCUCUCCUCUCAGGCACACCGGUCGUCACUGUGUUGACUCCGCAUCCCAUCAGUAAUACCCUCGGGUCUAUCCCCAUGAUCCCGCUCACCAUCACCUUAACCUCGGAAAUUUCUACCACAACGACUCCUCCCCAAACUACAACAUCGCCGGUUGUUGAGACUGGUGGCUUGGACGCGGAGCCUGUCACUGCCACUGUCACGUAUUCCGAACCGUCCAACCCUUCCGUUAUUGGCGCCGUCCCUUAUGGCUCCAGCGUGAAUAACUACCCGGACACAACCGCUUCUUCGUUGGUCACCUCGACCGCAGCCGGCUCGCUCUCCAUUCUGACCAUCACGGUCCCAGAGGCGAGCAGUGAUGACUCCCUGUCGGCCAUCCGAACAUCUGGGGACUCAUCCGCGGUCACCACUGUUACGGAACCGGCCCGCGAAUCUCGCGCAACCCCCUCGUCUCCGGUUCCCAUCGCAAAUACACCUUCGGGGACCUCGAGCGCAUCCGUCAUCCUCGUUACUUACACUGUGCCUGGCUUAUCGGGGUCCGGGCCGUCUUCUUACGUCGUUACCUACACUGUGCAGCCAUCCGAGACCGCCAGCUUGGGACAUGAGAGCAGUUCGGUCACAUCCUCGUCAAGCUCUGGGACUACUCAACUCCCAAGCAUUCACUUGACCGAGUCAAGCCUCAUAAUCAGUCGUUCUAGCACCCAGCCCGCAAUCACCAUCACUUCUACUGUCAGUCCAUCAGUUUCCGGCUCCAGCUCGAUUGACUCCUCCCCAACUGAGGUUAGCAGCGCAGAUCCCGUUUUCUCAAUCUCGCAUGCAUCGGGAUAUGGCGCCGCCAUGAGCAGCGAGUCGAUCUCAUCCGUGUUGGUGACUGUUACAGAACACCUUACUAUUUCAACAAGCAAAAGUGCCUCGAGUAGUCUUCUCCCCACCACACCACCGUCUAGCUCCGAAGGAGCCACUACUGGCAGUGACGCAGGGUUGCCAACUAAUUCGGGCCAGUACCAGUAUCACACCACUGGUGCUGUGCUCCCGACCUCUGCGUCUGACAAAUUCACCCUGGCCCCUACCACCAGUGGGACGUUGCCGUUUUCUAUGUCGGUCGCGGUUUCGACUAUCGUGGUCACCCUCACUCAGACGGUCCCCUUAGGUUAUGGUUCUUCUACGGCCCUCGAAGCCACCACCGAGGUGACCAUUGUUCCUAGCUCCGAGCUGCAAACACUCUCGACCUCGACAGAGUUGUUGACACCAAUAAACCCCACCUCCACGGCAUCGGUUGUGAUCACGCUUCCAUCCACCACAGGCGUUCCCUCCUCGAGCAUUGUGCCUAUUCAGUCAGGGACUGCACCAACCCACGGGACUCGCAACAUCACGACCGCAGUCUCGCAGUCGUCGGGUGAGGUUACUACGUCCAUUAUCCCGACAAAUAGCAUCUCGCUCUUUGAGUCUGGGACUACCUUGGGUUUGGCCUCUCCGCCACAGACGGAAUUCCACCACCACGGCCAUGCCAUGACAGACAACUCGAUUUCCACUUUGGCCAGUACGCUCGGAGGGUACAUCUUCUCGGAGUCAGACAGUGGCUAUGGAAUCUCGCCGUCCGGGUACGGCGAACCGAUGCAAACGGCUUCGUCAUCUUCGUCUCAACCAACAUCAGGUUCCUCGACGCCGCUCCCCUACGGCGUCACGUCCAUCACAGACAGUGAGAGUUACGGCAUUAACCCCACAACACCACCCGGUCCUACAGUCAUUCCGUCAAGCGUCCCAAACGUGACUGGAACAGGAUACCCAGCAUCAACAACGAGGGCCCCUGUGCCGGUGACCACGUACCCGAGCUCGGCAAGGAAUUCAACCUCUACAGUCGUCUUGUCCUCAUCAGGCCCAAUCACAACAACGCCCUUAUUCUCGCCAACCCUUACGAGCUUAUCGUAUUCGUUUACAAAUCCGUCACCAACAUCGGCGAACCUCACAACUUCGACCGUACCUCCGACUCCCGUCAUAGUAACUUACACUGUGUCCAGCACACCGACGUCUGCGACAUUCAAUGGCACGGUUCCAACGACGGCCCCUGGCAAAUCGUCGACGCAGGUUGACGCCACAAGCUUCACGUCACUUCCAGGUGCCUCAUCUUCUAUGGCAAGCAGCAACGCAACCCUUACAGCUUCGGCCACCUUCACAUCCACGGCCAACGCCACUGUCAUUACGUCGAUACCUAUCAUCGGAACCUCUGUGAGUGUCGGAGUCAACACAACCACAGCAUUACUCCCAACCGUGUCCUUUUCGUCCGCCACAGGCCCCGCCACCAAUCCCCUCCUGGGUACCACAGUACUUAGCGGCGUUGUCACCACGGCGACCCUCAUUCCUUCAGUACCGCCUUUCCCGAAUAUCAGCAUCCCCGCACAAACAUCUGAUGCCUCUCCCACAACCCUCGACUUCACCACUCCGGCCCCCACAUCAUUUGGCAACACGGUUACUGGCGUGGGUCCCUCUACAAACCCUCCUACCUUCAUCAGCGUGACCGGGGCCUAUAAUCGCACCACUACUGCGUUCCACAACAACACAACUGUCGUAACUACGCCCACAAUAUCGGCCCCCUUCGGAAAUCAGACAACCCCGGUGCAAACCCCGUUUCUCAACAACACGGGAACUGCGUUCACACGCAGUCUGAUAUCUACUCUGACCUCGAGGACCGUCAGCCGCUCCACAGCCCAGGCAACCCUCAUCUCGACUCCAACGGUUUCUUCCGUGGCAAACUUCAACCCCCGUUCCCUUGCUUUGCCCAAUGCCUGUGGUAUGAGCGGUGAUCGUGGAUCGGUUGUAUUGAAAAGCGUGAGAUUGGGGUGCGAUUCGGUCCACGCUUCUUGCGUCUUCCGGCUCACCGGCCUGCAAUGGAAUGGGGUCGAAGAUGUCAUCCAAGGCCACACAGUGUUUACGAUUCCAGCUUGUUCAAAUUCAUUUGACUGCACACUCGACCGGCCGAUCCUUGAUCCCGCAGCAGCUCCCUUUUUCACCAACCUCACGGCCCUUAACAUCACACUGGCGGCCCCCAGCGGUGUACCGACUUGGUCGAUGGAUGAUUUGCAGAUUGGUUGGACUGACAACGACUGUGUCGCUGCUGCAUGCCGCGCACGGGUGGCCAACACAGUAGCUACGCCUCGCUCUCAAGGAUCCUUUACUGAAACUGCCCGUCGGUUGCUUCGUUGGGCAGUCCGAGGAUAA